AAAGAGAGAGACGCGUGAAGCUUGAGUCCAACCUUCUUAACAAUCUCCGCCACGGCUAAGUACCCCGACCAAAUCGUAUUUCCCGGCAGCUUCUCUCUCGACGACUCCCCAGAAGACAGGUAUAAAGGCGGUUGCUUUAGGAGGAGACCCACGAAGAUGAAUCUCACAAUUAACGGCGUUACAGAGACUUGGAUCAAAGGGACUACUUCCUCAGACCCAACACCUUCCAGUGUCAUUCCGAAGUUCUGGACCACGUGUCCAUUCUGUUCCGUGUGUUACAGAUUACACAGAAGCUCUGUCUGCAAACAGACCAGAUGUCGAUCUUGCAACAAGGAGUUCACCGCGCGUGAGAGACCUCUUCAAGGCCUUUCAUCUAAGGAUAGUACCCUUAAAGGGGUGCUGAGUCAAAUCCUCCGUGAAACACAGCAGAGACACCCGGUUGCUCCUUCCAGUUCCGGUCCAAGCUUUUGGACAACGUGUCGGAACUGUGGGUGUAGACAUCGUUUUCUUAGGGUGUAUCUCGACAAAUGGUUCGUUUGUCCGAGUUGCAAGGAGGAAACCAUUGCAAUGGAAGUCCUUUCGAGUUCAGGUGAGGUUGUGUUCAACAAACAGUUCGAAGAUUUUAGAUCCCACUGUAAGAAAGAGGCAACAUCUGUCUCUGAAAAGCAAAGCUCUCCUGCUGUGAAGGUUGUUGGUGAGAAGAGAAAGAGGGAAGAGUUUGCUGCUGAUCUGAAGUUUAACGACUUUGAUAAGCUGAGGGAAGAAGUGAACUUUGCAGUUGGUCAGGUCUGGGCUCUCUAUGACACAGCAGACAAGGUUCCUAGACAGUAUGCUCUGAUCAGGAAAGUUUUUUCAGUUCCUUCUUUUGGGCUUAGGAUCACAUACCUAGAGCCAGAUCCUGAUGAUGAGAAACAGAUCCAAUGGUUUGAAGAAGACUUGCCUGUUUCUGCUGGUAAGUUCAGGCUUGGGAGUUCUGAGAACACAAAAGACCGUUCACUCUUCUCACAUGUUACCCACUUCAACGAAGGAGGAAGCAACUCUGGUCAUUUCAUUGUUUCCCCAAGAAAAGGCGAGACUUGGGCGUUAUUCAAGAACUGGGAUGUGAACUGGUCUUCAGAACCAGAUUCUCACCGCAAAUAUGAGUAUGAGUAUGUGGAGGUUUUGCAAGACUAUUGCACUUAUGGAGCUACUGGUGUAUCUGUUGCAUUCUUGCAUAAAGCAAAAGGCUUUUCAAGUGUCUUCUUUCGUAUGGGAACUGGUGAUGAUGCCGACGGGAUUUACACUUUCCCUCACAGUUUGUACCGAUUCUCCCAUAGGAUCCCUUCCUUCAAACUGACUGGAGUUGACGUCAAAGGUCUGCCAAAGUAUGCUUACGAGCUGGACCAAGCUGCGUUACCUGCAACAAUCGAAGAGGUGACCGUCCCUUCACAUCUAUUAGCAGACUAUGCACCUCCAAAGCCAGAGGCUCUCUGCUUUCCUAUAAACGGAAAGGUUUUUCAAACUGGUCAGAUCUGGUCAUACGUCGGAUGUGAUGACAACAUGCCUAGGGACUACUGUAGGAUCCAUAAGAUCAGUGUGACUCAAGUAUUUGAGCAGGCUCCAGUUUACAAAAUAAUCUCCUUUCGGUUAAAGGCUAAGCCAUUGCCUGGGGAAGUCAUCCAGUGGUGGGAAAAGAAAAUGCCGGUUGGUUGUGGAACUUUCUUGGUGUCUAAAGUUCAUGUAGCACUCUCUCCAGAUAACUUUUCACAUCUGAUGGUAGUGCCUCAGACCUCCACGGAAGGGGAUGAAUAUACCAUUCUGCCCAAGAUUGGUCAAGUGUGGGCGAUACACAGAUUCUGGACUGGUUGCAUUGAUGAAACCUAUGAGGAACUUGUCAUUGUCGAAGUUCUUGAUGACGACGCCUUGGACUAUUAUAAGGUUUUAGCGUUGGAGCCUGCGCUGCAGUUUAAUGACGAUGAAAGGAAGAAGAGAGUGUUUAGAGCAGCUGAGAGUAGGCCACGUGAUUUUGAUGAUGGGGAUGAGGCGAUGUUUACAAUCCCAAAGUCGAAAAUGCUGAGAUUCUCUCAUCAGAUUACUGCUUCCCGGGUGAACAAGGAGAUAGAUGGAGAGUUGAAAGAACUUUUUGAACUCGAUUCUACAGCAGUGCCUGUACUGUGAGGUUGUUAUGUAUGAGGCAGUAAGGCCACCGAUUAUCUAUCAGUAUCAGAGGAAGAAGAGAAGGGCACGUGAAACAGAGGAGGUACAGAGCGUGACUGAGCAGAACGCGAGUGAAGCGAGUGGGAGUGGGAAAGGCGUGAGGCAGCAUGAGGUUGAGGAAGAGAGCACGUGAGAGGAGAGAAGGGAAUAAGAGGAAAAGGGGACGAGAGGAUCGUUAGCAACAACCUUGGAGGAGCACAUGGGCUGUUGGCUGACGUGGAAGAUGCUUUUGCUUUUAUAUAAAUAUUAGUAGACUCUAUGAAUAAGUUAUCGAGAGAGAGGAUCGAUCUAGUGUGUGGGGAGAGAGAGACUCCUUUGUAAAACUCUAUCCAUUGUAUUGCUUGUUGCGGAAGUAAUACAAUAUCUUGCUUUUA